UCUAUAAAUAUCUCAUGACGGAAGAACUUCUGACGAUUGGUAAAUCAGACAAGAGCGUGUUUAUCAUCAACUGUUGUUACUGAGAGAACUUUAUCAACGACAUUCGGCAACAUGGCUGGUGGAUGUACUGUAACUUCCAAGAUCUGUUUAGUUGUGGUUGGAUUGAUAUUUUGGGGUGCUGCUGCAAGCCUCUGCUUCAUAGGAGCAUGGGUGUACUCCACAUACAGCCACUUUGACGAGGUGACGGAGGCAAGCCUCACCCUGGUGCCAGCCAGCAUCAUCAUCGGCGUGGGCAUCUUCAUGUUCAUCAUUGGCCUCCUUGGCUGCAUCGCUGCAUGUAAGGAGAACAAGUGCCUGUUAGCAGCGUUCUUCUCGCUGAUUCUCCUGGUGUUCUUGGCGGAGGUUGUCGCAGCUACAAUGGGCUAUGUGUUCAGGAAUGAUGUGAGAGAUGUACUUGACACUGGUCUGAAGGAUGCGAUCAAUAACUACAAUGAGACUGCUGAAAAAAAUCAAAUUGACUAUAUUCAGGAGGAGCUCAAGUGCUGCGGGAUUCACAAUGCCUCGGACUGGUCCACUUCUCCAGCCUGGGGGAAUACAACCAUGGUUCCCAUGAGCUGCUGUAAGAACACCACAAGCUGUUUUCCAUCACUUAAGGGAACAGACAUCUACCAAGAGGGCUGUCUGGAUCUGCUGAAGGAUAAAUUCCUGAUGAACCUUGUCUACAUUGCUGCAGUGACAGUGGCCUUUGCCAUUAUCCAGAUCCUCGGCCUCAUCAGCGCUUGCAUCCUGCUGUGUCGGUCACGGGACGUACGUUAUGAGACGCUGGAGAGUGCCCAACGGAACGGACUGCGUGUGUAGACAGCACACCUCAUCAUCAACUCUCCAUCCAUGGACCAGUCUAGCUGGCCUUGAUUCACAAUGCUCCAAUGUCUACUGGGUAUACCAAGCUUUAAUGAGACACUCAAAGCUUUCCUUUAGGGCAGUUUGUCACAAGUUGAUAGUUUUGAUGUGACUAGCAUUAUCUCCAACGAAAAUUAGUAACAGGGAUAGUAGAUGAUCUGCAAACAAAAUGUUAUUUUAGAACUGUAAUGAAUUAUUUUGUUGGAAAUGUGUAAAGAAGAAACUUUGCAGUGUUCGUCUAACAGCGUUGAUCUAAAGCAUUAUGGUUAAUGAGUACUAACAUAUUCCUGUUCAUGUGUCUCCUUAUUUAAUACGUGUGUACUUGCCGUUUUGGAAUAUCAUAAUAGAAAAAUUGAAAAUGACAGUAAUGGACAGGGGACAGUCUGUAAUUUAUUAAUGUAAAUAUGUGUACAUUUCAUAACUUUACAUGUCUAGAUCUGAUAUAGAUUUAUAGAUAGCAGUGUGCAUUGGUUGGAUGACCCUUUGAUAUGGGAUGGGCUUGUAAACAAAUGAGAUUACUUUGCUCUGAACCUCAGAGACUGUUAAAAUUGUUGGAAUGUUGUCAAAAUAGAACAAAAAGGUUGGGGCAAGAAAGGCCUCUGUGUUCACAUAAAAUGAAUGAUAUCCAUGAAACAGGUGAUGGAUUCAUAUUUGUUGAAUAUCUUGUCCGUGUCAUAUUCUAAUGUCUAGCACUGAAGAAAAUAUAGUAUGGUUUCUCCUAAUUUCAUGAUGCUAUAUGGAUGUUUAGAGUGUAACAAUGAAUCUAUCCUUUUGAUCUCAACACUCUCAAAUGAGCACUUUGACAGGUGUAAGGAAACCACAGAUUGACACUAUGUACUUAAAGAUGGUCCUGCAAGGCCAUGUUAAGUGGCCAAAGAGUUCAUCACAUGUACAGUUACAGUGACUUUAUUGCAGACAAAUGGCAGUUUCAUGAUAUAAUUAAACUUCGAUAGGACAUUGGUCAAUAACAUCACCAGAUUUGAAUAACAGUCAGUCUCCUAGAAAAUAAACUGUUUUGAAACCCUGAGUUUGUUUCUAGUUCAAGUGCAUUCUGACUUAAAAGGUUAAAAGGUGACUGCUUCAAGGUCUGGUGCCAAUUUCCAAUAUAUAAACAAAUAUUUAGGACCUUUUUAGCAAUGUUAUAUAUGGGCUGGAGCCAUUGUUUCUGUGUAAAUUAGUUUAAUUGUCAACUGUAAGAUUGAUAUUCAUGAUAAAACUUAAAAGUAGCAGACAGGCAAGGCAGUGUUAGAAUAACUGGCUGGGUAUCCCAGUUUACCUGAGCUGAGGCCACCUAUGGUACUGUGCCGCUUUUAGCAAUAUUUCGCAAUAUCACGGCGGAAAACACUCAAAAUAAAUUUCACACAUUGUGCCAAUGUGGAGAAUCGAACAUGCUUCUUCAUCUUAACCACCGAAUACACGAACCUCUAGCUGCUUGGCUGCCUCUCCCUUAAAUUAGCUGUUUCUAUGCAGCAAAACCGUUUGAGUUGUCAGUCUUCUGUUUGGGACAAUCUGAUUAGUGCAAGUUGCAACUCUUGUAUCUAUGACAACCCGUGUAUAUGCUGUAGAAAUGUUUCCUUUUCUAUUUUAUCUAGAUUUUGAUUAAGGGAAACUGAUUGAAGUCUUACAACUGGGAUUCUAAUGCUCUAUCAUUAUUUUUCCUUGUAAUUGGAUAUUGCUGUUGUUAUUUUCAUGACUGAGACUAAAGCAGUUCUCUGCAGACUGAUUAUCCUGGUGUUUAGUGCAGUUUUAAUGUUUGGCUGAAAGGUGAAACCUGGGCCUACCAUUAUGAUGUUUCCCAGUGGUUGAAACUAGUACAUAUAUGAUUUAUGCACCAACUGAGGCUAUGAAGAACUUAUCCCACCAUGUGAUGUCUGUGCCUUGUAGUUAAGAGAUGAUAGUUAUAUCAGGGUGGAGUUGAAGAACUCUCCUUUAUUAAGUUAGGUUAUGGAAGGAUUUAAUGAUUGUGCCAUGACCGAUGUUACAAGGAAAGUAAGGGACUUAGUGCUUGGUUAAGUGGUUGUGAGAAAUGACACUUGUACGUUUUACUUCAUUAUACUUCAUGAUCAUCACCGGCCUACAACUGCACCAGAACAAGUGAUAUCAGUUACCCUUGUAAUCUUCUUUGAUGUCCAUUAGUUUCUAAUUUGCACACGCAGGCUGAUGCUCAUGCUGUUGAUCACAGGAUUGUCUGGUCCAGACUCGAUUAUUUACAGACCGCCACCAUAUAGCUGGAAUAUUGCUGAUGCGGCGUAAAACUAAACUCACUCUCUCUAAUUUGCACAAGUAUUAUGUAUUGAAAGAUCUGUGCUGUGCAAGAGACAUUAUUUGAUAGCUUUGAUGCAAGUACUCAUCCGUUUUCAUUGUUUUUGAAUUGUGUUGUUCUUUAUGACUUUACCAGCAGUGUAGUGCUAGUGCAGUAGUUGGUGUUUGCAGUGACAUUACAGUGUUAAUACUCAUGUCAAGCUUCUCAAGUAUAUGCAUUUUCUUUACCUUUGGAAGAUCAAAACAUUUUUUAGGUCCAAAGAGAAGAAGGUUUGGAUAUCAGAACUUACAAGAAAGCAUGUAAAAUCUUUAAAGUUAAUAUGACAUGGACCGUCAUUUGUGCAAGUCCCUACAUUUGCUGUUUUAGAACCACUUUUUUUGGUGCUUUACACAUGUAGUUAACUAGAGGUAUAUUCCUCUUUUUGGUAUCAAAUUGCAUUUCAGCUUCACACAACACGUAAUUAGUUAGUCAUACGAUGACUUUUCACUUCUACAUCAACUGAUAUUGUCAGUGCUGAGACACACAAAAUAGAAAAAAAAUAUCCCAAUGAUUAACAAAGUUACAGCACUGCUUCUGUAAUCCCAAACCGUUGGCCCCCAUAGUGAGGCCUGGACUGUUGGCCCCCAGAGUGAGCCCUGGACUGUUGGCCCCCAGAGUGAGCCCUGGACUGUUGGCCCCAUGGAGGGUCCUGUGGUGGUUUCAGCUGAUAAGUAUAAGGAAUAGAUUGUCACCGUAUGUGUCCUGGCCUAGUGUACCAGAGUAUAUUAUUGAUCACGCAAUGAAUGAUUGUGUACAGUUCAUCAUGAACAUUGCUUACACCAUGGCAUUUAAGAAGGAGAGGCAUUAAAGUGAAAGAGACGCAAAGGUCAGAGACUAAUUUUAUAUUGAAAAGUGAAGUCUGACAAGUAAUGAUGUAAGAUGCUUAAUGACUGUCAGCUGAUGUGUCAGCUGAUGUAUAUUUUGCUGACUCAGCUGACAUGCCGACCUCAUGUGUCAUAAGUGUAAGGUGGCCAGCCAUCUCAGGCUACAUGAAACCUCAGGAUCCUCCACAGUGGGUCCAUGACCUCAGUAUAGCUGGCUGUAUAUGAAACUGAAAACAAGGAAAUGUGCGUGAUUCCUUUUUCAGAAUGUUGUUUCACAUUGGUUAUAUGAAUAGAUUUGGUUUUAAACAUCAUGAUGUAGGUCAAGUGGCCUGUUAUCCCUUUCCCGAGUGUGUAAUGUGCAGUGUAGUAUGGCUUUCAUCACUGUUCAUGCGUGUAGCUAUGUGUAGAAUAAACCAUGUACAUCAG